AUGUAUUCAGUCAAAUUAUCCACACUUGUCCGAAAUUCAUUCGUCCGAUUUCACGCCUCAUUGGGACAAGGAAUUGACCAAUAUUACAUCAAACACACAAAUAUCUAUUGGUUACUUAUAACCAAAUUAAUAGAUUUGUCCAAACAAAAAUAUGACAACGAUGGUAUAACUCCUCUUACGUUGGCUGUGGAGAAAAAUAACAUCCACAUGGUUCGCUUUUUGGUUGCACAUGGAUCAGUGGUUUAUAAUUAUGUGGAGUUUCCUGAAGUCCCACUUCUUGCUUAUGCUGCCCUCUAUAACCGUUUCGAUAUACUUAAAUUCUUGGUGAAUAUUAAAGUGGCAGAUAGAGAAAUGAAGAAAUUGCUCAAGAAUACUGCAUUCUGCUUGGCAAUCUAUAAUGGCCACUACGAGUCAGCAAAAUUCUUAAUUGAUAACUGUGCUUCAAUAAAUCGUUUGCUUAAGAAUCGGUUAUCGCCUUUGGAAUCUGCCAUAAUUGGAAGAAAUGAUUACAUGGUCUCAUAUCUUCUUUCUCACAAUGUGUCGGUUAGCGAUACAAUCCACCAUGGCUUCACUCUACUUAUGACGUCUAUCAUUCAUGAAAACCCUUCUGCAGCACUAAGACACCUCGUUGUGUUAAGGAGCGGACCCGGAUGCGCUGGCAACUGGCUUUAG